AGGUGGAGAGAGAACCUGUGGAGUACAUGAACUUAUCUGUAUUAGAAAAGAGUCUGGAAUCUGAGUGCGUGCUGAUCUCCCAUUGACUUCUGUUCUAUUACUGUACCCCAUCAGAGAGAUGUGAGGAGUUGGUUGAAAUUCAAAUCGGGAACAUGUCCAAAGACCACAACAUCCUUUGACAUCAGCAACUGUGUAUGCUUCCUUAGAAGGAGCCACCUGACAACUGGGUGGUUCAACAAGGUGGUCCCAGGAAAGUAUCUCCAGAGGCAGUUGGAUUUUUGUCAGCUGUUGGGGUGUUUAUUAUCUUGAUGCUGCUCCUUUUUCUCUAUAUUAAUAAGAAGUUCUGUUUUGAAAAUGUUGGCGGGUUUCCAGAUCUUGGUUCAGGAUACAGUACAAGGAAGAAUUCACAAGAUAAAAUUUAUAAUUCCUACAUGGACAAAGAUGAGCAUAGUUCAUCCUCUGAAAGUGAAGAUGAAGCGCUGGGUAAAUAUCAUGAGGCCUUAUCCAGAACACACAAUUCCAGACUACCACUGGCAGAUUCUAGACAAAAGAACUAUGCUUGGGAAACAAGACAAAAAUACAGUCCUCUAUCUGCAGAGUAUGAUGGAUACAGUAGUGAAGCAUCAAUAGAUGAAGGAAACUGCAUUCAGAGGAUGAGAAGAACGCCCCCACUGGAUGAACUGCAGCCACCACCAUAUCAGGAUGACAGUGGUUCUCCCCAUCUCUCCUGUACACCCUCAGAAAUUGGGGACAGUAAAUGUGAAUUUUCCCACUGCAGCAACAGUCCAAGAUGCUCAUAUAACAAGUGCCCAAGUGAAGGAAGCACAGGUCAUGAAAUAGAAAGUUUUCAUAACAAAGGAUAUGAAGAUGUUCCAAGUGACAGCACGGCAGUCCUGAGCCCUGAAGAAAUGUCAGCUCAAGGAUCAUCUUCACAGCUUCCUAAACCUUUUGAUCCUGAGCCAGAAGCUAAAUAUGGCACACUGGAUGUGACUUUUGACUAUGACUCACAAGAACAGAAGCUUCUGGUAACAGUGACAGCUGUCACAGACAUCCCAACGUAUAAUAGGACAAGUGGCAACUCAUGGCAAGUACACCUUGUUCUUCUACCUAUAAAGAAACAGAGGGCAAAAACCAGCAUCCAGAGAGGACCAUGCCCUGUGUUCACAGAAACAUUCAAAUUUAAUCAUGUUGAAUCUGAGAUGAUUGGAAAUUAUGCAGUUCGAUUUAGACUGUAUGGUGUACAUCGCAUGAAAAAAGAAAAGAUUGUGGGGGAAAAGAUUUUUUAUUUAACAAAAUUGAAUCUUCAAGGGAAAAUGUCAUUACCUGUGAUAUUGGAACCUUCUUACAAUCAUUCUGGCUGCGACUCCCAAAUGAGCAUGUCAGAAAUGUCCUGUAGUGAAAGUACAUCCUCAUGUCAGUCUCUUGAACACGGCUCAGUUCCGGAAAUUCUCAUUGGCCUGCUUUAUAAUGCCACAACUGGAAGACUAUCAGCAGAAGUGAUAAAAGGCAGCCACUUCAAAAACUUGGCAGCAAACAGACCACCCAAUACUUAUGUUAAGUUAACCCUACUGAAUUCCAUGGGCCAAGAGAUGUCCAAAUGCAAGACAUCCAUCCGCAGAGGGCAGCCAAAUCCAGUAUACAAGGAAACUUUUGUUUUUCAAGUGGCCCUGUUUCAACUUUCUGAUGUGACACUCAUACUAUCUGUGUAUCACAAACGUAGCAUGAAAAGAAAAGAGAUGAUAGGCUGGAUUUCUUUAGGUCUGAACAGCUCUGGAGAAGAGGAACUCAAUCACUGGACUGAAAUGAAAGAGUCGAAAGGACAGCAAGUAUGUAGAUGGCACGCGUUACUGGAGUCCUGAUGAAUGGGGUAAAUGAGCAGUCGCAAUCCAAGGCAGCACGAUUUCUGAUUACAACAUCACUGUUUUUACCUAGUCACCAUUAGAAGACCUGUUCUUUCAAGAAUCAUAUUCAUCAUUCUACCAAAUGCUUUAAAUGCUAUGGAAAGAACAUCUAAUACUGAUAUAAAUGAAGAAAAGAUGUGUCUCUGGUAGAGCUUGUUUGGGAAACUGAGACACUUGCGUCCUCACUGUUCGACUAACAGUCCUCCAGGGAUUUAACACCUUUUGUUUUAACGUUAAUUUUACUUUACUAAAAGAGCCAGUAAUUUCAUGAAAAAUCAAAAUUAUAAGUGAUUUGGAAAAUCAGAAUUUUAGUUGCAACAAUAUUUUUCACCUUCCAUAUUAUCCAUAAAACAUAUUUUGGCUGGCCAGUCCCUGGCGUUUAUAAUGUUCUUUAAUAUGAAAAAGUAGUUUUCCAACUCUGUCAUAAGUCAUAUCUAAUGGUGAAGGGUUUCAAUGACACUGAAAAUUGUUUUCUUUCAGAUAUGUUCCCUUUGUGCACUUAGUUUCAUUGUGCCUCAGUUCUCAGCAGCACUAAAUCUAAGUGCAAGCAAGUAUUCAUUUUCAUAAAGGAAUUUUUAAAAUAUGUUAUUUUUUAAAAAGUUAAUUUCUUCAUUUGCCUCUGCUUUUGCCUGAUCCAAAGAGACCAAGUCACUGUACUGGUCCCUUGCAAGUCUUUAGACAGGUUGUACUGUAGAACUAUGUAACUUUCUGUUGAAAGCACUUCCUGUAUUCUUGUAUUCCAAUGUAGGAAGCUAAUAGAGCAGGACUUUACUUUAAAAUUUCUUUCAGUGAUUGACUCUUUAAAAUUGUAGUAAUGUGAGAAUACAUUUUUUACAAACUGAAAAAUACAAUAGAUAAAGCUGUUGAAAUUGAAAACAAUUCAAGUUAAAGAAAAUUUUAAUUAUCUGCUCUUGAGUAUUUAGUAACCAACUGCAAAAAGCAGGUAGCAUUCAAAAUAAGAAAAUAUUCUCUAAAUCUUCACUCUUACUUCAAUUUAUAUUUGUGAUAUAAAUAUUAUCCAGUUCUCUGUUUGAAUCAGAACAUCAUGUUAAAACACAGUUCUGAGAUUCCUUAUGAAGUUUCUAGUGACUUGUGACUAGAUUUUAUGAAAUUUACAGAUAACUUUCCUCAACGUGAUGUCAUCUUGUGCCUUUCAUGUAAGUUAUAUUUGCUCAUACAGCUUUAAAGUUGUAUUUGCAAAAUUAGGCCUUCGAUUUUUAUAAAUAUAAAGAUUCCUCAACAGUGUCACAAGAUUUAUUUCCUCAAAAGUAUGUAAAAGUUGUAUAGUGUACUGACUUUUUAAAUGGCAAUGCACUUUCAUUUGUUGUUGAUAUAUUUAGGAACUCUGAUUAAUCAGGAAUAUUAUAAGCUGUUUUCUUUUUAAUUUUGCUUCUUACCUUAUAUAUAAUUUUAUGCAUAUACUUUAUUAGAGUAUGUUUUGUAUAUAUGAAAAAUAUUUUCUCUUUCUCAUUUCUACUUAAACAAGACAGAAAACAUACUAUUUACCAAUUGCUAAAAAGCAGUAUAUUGUUCCUAGUCCCAAACUAAGCACUAUAUAUUAUUGUAAGCUAGAAUUUUUUAUUACCAUAAUAACAAAACCCUGCAUAGACAUUAUUACUUCAGCUUGGCUGUAUGAAAGGCCUUAAAAGAAAUCCAGAAAAACCAUGAACUCCUAUAUUUUUUAGUUUAAAAAAUGGCAGCUGUAUGCAUUCACAUGAAUUAAAAGAAAAAAUACCAAUGCUAUAUUGGGUGAUAUGAGGUUUAAGAAUGUAUGUUACAGAGUUGCAUUACAGGGAAAAAUCCAUCCUUUUAUUGUUACACCAAUGAGCUUUUUCCUGGCUUUUUUAUAAAUGAGUUAGAUUAUAGGGUUAGAACAUGAAUCAGAUGGUGAAACAUCUCAUGUAAGGAUUUUCAGCAACAAUAUGGAAAAAGAUUUGAAGAGGGGAUAUAGAUUUGACUGAGAAAUUGUACUUAGGCAUUUGAUGCUACAGUUCUCUUCUGCUUUGAAGCAGACUGCAUUGCUAACAACGGGUAUCUUCCUAAUAAAUGAGUUAUCAGUCUUAAUUGUAGCUGUAACAAAGCUUAAUCAAACACAUUAACAAUACCAGCUUGGUGCUUUCACCUUUAGUGAGAAAAAGACCUAACUGUUACUUGUUAAAUCUAACUUUCUUCAGACUGUGCCCAGAAUUGUGUGUGAGAUUUGAUAUCUCCUUAGGGUUUCAUCUGUUAUAAGUAGCAAAUUUUACAUGACCUAGAAAUGAGUUGACAUUUUUAGAAAAUUUCAGGAAGGACCCUACCUCCACCCAGCUGCCAAGUCCUCAAAGAUUAUAAAUUAUCUUUCUGUGUAUGUGCCUGUAUACACAGACAUAUCUACACACGCACAACAUACAUGUGUAUAUGUACAAGUAUGUGUGUAUUUAUUUGUAAAGGUGAAGGUGUCCUGGCUUUUUCAGAUAACAGAAUAGAAAAACAUUUCUCAAGUUCUGGAUUAUUCUUCUCCUUUAUAUAUUUACUAGAUAUUAUAUUUGGUUUGGGGUGCCAUUUGCUGCCAUUUUUCUCCACACACAGCAAAAUAUACUCCUUUUUUUCUGUAGAUUGACACAAGUUAGCGUAAUUACUCCCAAAAAAUUGUCUAUUCUUUUAGAAAGGAAUUAAAUAGGGCUCAAGAGACCCACUUCACUCUACUGAAUCUAAUGUACGAGACAGUACUGCUGCUUUUUUGUGUGCUUGAAUUUGCAUGAAAGCUUAAAGGCAAAAUCUUAUGUCUCAGUAAUUAUAGCAAAUAGGGGCCCACUGGUGGGCAGCAGGUGUUGGUUCACAAACUUGAGAAAGACAACCCACUUUCUUAUUGUUCUGUUAAAAAUCCCGUAAAUUUUAUAAUAAAAUGAGAUAGUCCAAAUAUGGCAACUGACUGGCAUUUAUGGGAGCUCCUAAGCCUGGAAUUACAGGCUUCAUUUGCCUCCCAGAUGAGCUGCAAAAUAUAGUUAUUGCUGCCGAGGAAACAAAGUGUACUUCAAAUCAGUGAAGAUUUUGUUUAGUACAAUAUCAUCUCCUACAGAAGCUUUCUUCUGUAGUCGUGUGUCUUCAGUACUAUCCACAUUUUGUUUGAAACUAUUUGCAUGUUAUCUUUCUAUGCAUUUUCAAGCUCAAUAAUCUUGUAUUUGCUGACAGAAAAUAAGAAACUGGACCACAAUU